GUAGGGCCGGUGACUUCAAACUCACUUGACAUGUAGCCUAGGCAAUUCUAUUUAAAUACAUGCAUCAGAUGUUUGGAAGCUAUCAUCACAGUGGGAACACCUCGACUAGAACUAUGGGCCUACCUUAGAUCAGGAGGGUGAAAAAAAUUUCAUGGCGUCUCACCUUGUGUGUGCGGCACCUACGUCUAUGUAAUUUCAUGGAGUCAUCAUGGCUGCUGGACUCUAUAAUUUAACAAAAUCCCGAUAGAUGGCAGCACUUCCUUAUGUGUUUUUUUUAGCUGUUCCGUUAUGCCUCAUGGUGCCAUUAUGCCCCACCUUCCCCUACCAGUCUACUUGUAUCAGCUAGUAGUGCCAGUGAUAAGAUAUAUGUGGUCAAUAAAUUAAUCAUGAUGAACAUUCGGGAUAGCAUCCCACAAGUCAAUACAAGUUGUGAUUGAUUUGCACAACCAUUUCACACCAUCAUGUGUGAGGAGAACUGUGAUAAAGGCAAAGGUUUUAUAGCUGUGCAUGUUGGGGCUGGUUAUCAUUCAGAAGAGAAGAAGUCUAAUUACAAGGAGGCAUGUAAAGAAGCUCUGCUCCAUGGUAUGAAGGCAUUACAGGAAGGUAAAUCGGCUAUAGAUUCAGUCACUGCUACUAUCGUUGCAUUGGAGGAUAAUAUUUGGACCAAUGCAGGCAGAGGUUCUAACCUAACAAUACAGGGAACAGUGGAGUGUGAUGCGGGACUCAUGGAUGGGAGGUCACUAGGAUUUGGUGCCGUAGGAGCCGUACCAGAUAUACAGAAUCCAGUGCUGGUAGCCCGGAAGUUGUUAAGCCAACAAUUAGAAGGCAAUCUCUCUCUAGGGCGUAUUGCCCCAUGUUUGAUGGUAGGUGCAGGUGCAAGAGACUGGGGGAUGGAUCGAGGUAUACAUAAAUCAACUCCAGAUGAACUGAUCACAGAACAAAGUCGGGCCACAUAUAAACGCUACAUGGAGAGACUAGAAGCAAGUCAAGCAAAGCGAGCAAGAAUGACUAUGUCAGGUAACAAAGACAGCAUAGGAGCUAGCUGUGAGGAGAAAAGUUUAGAUACUGUUGGUGCAAUUUGCUUGGAUUCACAUGGAAACGUGGCAGCAGCAGCCUCCAGCGGUGGAAUAUCCCUCAAACAGAUAGGAAGGGUCGGGCAGGCAGCCUUGUAUGGGUGUGGAUGCUGGGCCCAAAAUGCAGAUGAUGGCCUGCCUGGUGUUGGUGUGGCAACGACAGGCUGUGGAGAGCAACUGGUCAAAACGUUAUUUGCCAGAGAGUUGGCUACUGCUGUCAUCUCCAAGGAAACUAUUAGUGAUGCUACAAGUCAUGCUUUCCAAAACAACUUUCUAGGAUCACCGUUUUUAAAGGAUGUGCAAGAGAAACAAGGAGGGGCUUUGAUACUUAAAUAUUGUCUAUCUGGUGGCAGUGUAGAAGACGUGGAGUGUAUAUGGGCAUAUACCACAGACAGCAUGUGUGUAGGAUACAUGUCUUCACGAGACUCCAAACCCAAGACUCAUCUCUCUAGGCUGCCUGAACAUCUACAGUGUGGCAAGUCUGUUGUGAUAGAAGGUGCUAAGGUGAACUUAUAGCAGGUGUGCAAUGAUGCAAAAUGUGUUUGGUUGUUUGAAUGAGUAUAUUGCAUUAAAUUUCUAUUGUAACAUAAUAACGAUGUGUAAGUAAACUUGUUGUGACAUGCAUGCGACCCUUUAUUCAUGGUAGGGCGAUAAAUGUGACAGUGAUAAAUCUGGCAAGGUGUCAUGUCAUGACUAUAUGUUCGUGUCCCGAGGACAGACCCAGUAUGUUCGGAGAUGUAGUACAGCUGAAAUGUCAGUUUGACAUUUACAUGUGCUGCGAGAGUACAUGUAAAUUCCAGUCAGCCAUACAGUUGAAAAAAACUAUUAAUUCAUGUGUGCAACGUCAAUACGUUGCCAAAUAUAGGCAACUGUGCUUUGAGCUAACCAUUAGAAACAGCAUAAAUGCAAGCCCUGUUCAUCAGCAGUGGGCAGGAUUCUGGGCCAAUCUGACAGUUCCUGAGACGAUCUAAAUGCUAGAUUGUGCCCCUUUAAGCAAAAAGCACCGUCCACGUUUAGUGUGCAUAAGUGCAAGUACAUGGCAGAACUGUUGAAAACCACACAAUCAUUUCUAUUUCAACACUUGAGUCAUAGAACACGGUUAUAUAUUUCACAUGUGUGAUAAUAGAAAUUAAUACCAAUUAUUAAUUUACUCUAUGCAAUCUCGGACUGAUAUACCACACGACUUAGCACAUAGGGAAUUUUGUAAUGAUUUGCAAUGCAAUUAACUGAAGUUUACUAAGCCAGACUUGAUACAACUUGAGCUUAUCACAUAAAUCAUUAUCAUAUUUGCAAAGCCAUUAUAUGAGGCUAGCUCAUCACUGGGUUGUUCAAAUUCUUGUCACAGGGUAUUCCAGCUAACACAUGCCUAAAAGGUACUGAAAUGUAUCAGCAUAACUAUACAUGAAUUAAAUUAACAAUCGAAGGGCCUUUAAGCUAAGCUAUCGAUAUAUUUAUCUCCUAGAGGCUGACGCCAUGCACAACAGUUAAACACUUUGAAUACUGAAUGGCAUUUUCAUCUAGGAUUUCUCAUUUUUGAUGUAAUGUUCCACUCUGUCAUAUGAUCAGGAUUGUAAAUAAUUAUUUUGUAAUAAAAUGUUAACAUAUGUAACAAUCAUA